UUCCAUUGUUUUUUACCCAAUCGCAAACAGCUCUUCAAAGCCCAACCUUCAGAUGAUAUCCAGAGUAGCCAUACUGUACAAUGGGAAGAGCUCUACAGCCCACCUCCUGGUCAUGUGAUACAGGACAUGGAUGUCUUUGCCUCACAUUUUGUCCUGGCUUUAUUGGUGGACAUCAUUCCACAACUUGCCAUAGUACAGCAUUCUGGAGAAAUGGAGCCAUUGCAUAUAGAGCUCCCUCCUGAAUAUACCACCAUUCUUCCAGGCCUCAACGCGGACAUCAACUCGAGACAUUACCAGUUCCAACUCUCUUCCCCCGUCCAUCCACCAAAAGAUUUUGAGCUAGAUCUACAGACGUGCAAUAUUGAGGUUGGGGAGAGUGAUGAGGAUACAGGGUCAGGGAGCGAGGAUGAAAUACAAGAGGUUCAUUCUAUUCGUGCACAAAGCAGGAGAAAACCCGAGGACUAUGCCUGUCAACGAUUAGUGGCACAAAGUCAGGAUGGAACCAAUGUCCCCAUCACCGUCUUCCACCGAGAGAACCUGGUCCUUGACGGGCAACAUCCCAUGCUGGUCAUCGGGUACGGUGCCUAUGGAAGGAAUGUGGAGAUGGAAUACACGGCAGAGAGGAUGGCAUUGUUAUCUAAUGGAUGGGUGCUUGCCUUUUGUCAUGUCAGGGGAGGUGGAGAGUUGGGGAAAGAGUGGUAUUAUUCAGGCAAGGGAGACCAGAAGCAUCAUAGUUUUGAGGACUUGGAGAGCUGCGUGGAGUUCCUGCAUUCUUCUGGCUUCUCCCGGCCAGCUCUGACGGCCGGAUGGGCAGCCAGUGCCGGGGCUCUGCUCUUGGGGGUCUUGUGCAACCGGAGUCCACACCUACUGAGAGCUGCAGUCAUGAGAAUGCCCUUUGUUGACAUCCUGUCCUCCAUGUUGGACUCUACUUCACCUUUGACCUCUCAAGACAUAGAAGAAUGGGGUGACCCCUCUGGCAGUGCAGCUGACAUGGAGUAUAUCUCUGCCUACUGCCCUUACCACAAUCUCAGAUCACAGAGCUAUCCAUCCGUACUCGUCACAUCCUCCAUGACCGACCAGCGGGUGCCUUCAUGGGUCCCUGCAAAGUACAUGGCAAGGUUGAGGGACAGAACAAGAGACCAUCAUCAUGAGCACCACCGUCCUACAUUCCUGUUGAGGGUGCACUCGGAUGGUGGUCACUUUGGGCCUGACGAGGGUGAUGGAGGGGUGGACCAGGCAACCAUGGAAUGUGCAUUCUUACACCAAGAGUUAUCCUUGGAUACAUUGAGCUAAGACUACUGGAAAAGACCAGUUACCUUCACGUUCUCUUGCAUCGCUCCGUUGAACGAGAAAUACAAAGCCAUUUCAAACAUCAUGAACAAUAUUCUUAUCAUGCUGACA